GUCCUGUAUGAACGGGCAGAUCACGUUAAGCAUAUGACAUGCGUGCCUAAUCUACCGAGGGAGGGGGAUCUUAUGGGUGGAUAACAGAAAUGCCUGCUAACUAGUUAGCCUGGCCGAGUGAGCUGAAACCCAAGCCAGGAUCCGCACUCAGUACUUGCUACUUUGAGGUUGUGCAAUGGGGAAUCAACUUGCUGGUAUCGCUCCAUCUCAGAUUCUGUCGGUGGACAGUUAUUUCUCAGACAUCCAUGACUAUGAGUACGACAAGAGUCUGGGCAGCACCAGGUUCUUCAAAGUGGCCCGGGCAAAGCACCGAGAGGGGCUGGUGGUGGUGAAGGUGUUUGCCAUCCAGGAUCCUUCCUUGCCCCUAACCAGCUACAAACAGGAGCUGGAGGAGCUGAAGAUCAGGCUGCACUCAUGCCAGAACUGCUUGCCAUUCCAAAAGGCCACUCUCACAGAGAAGGCGGCCAUCCUGUUUCGACAGUAUGUGCGGGACAACCUGUAUGAUCGCAUCAGCACCCGACCCUUCCUCAACAACAUUGAGAAGAAGUGGAUUGCCUUCCAGAUCCUGAAUGCUGUGGACCAGGCCCACAAAUCAGGCGUGAGGCAUGGCGACAUCAAGACUGAGAACGUCAUGGUGACCAGCUGGAACUGGGUGCUUUUAGCCGAUUUCGCCAGCUUCAAGCCCACCUACUUGCCGGAAGACAAUCCCGCUGAUUUCAACUACUUCUUCGACACCUCCAGGAGGAGGACAUGCUACAUUGCCCCCGAGCGCUUCGUGGACGGGAGCAUGUUCACCACAGAGAGCGACCACACAACCCCAUUGGUGGACCUCACCUCCAAUGGCCAGAGAACCCGAGGAGAGCUGAAGCAGCCAAUGGACAUAUUCUCAGCAGGCUGUGUCAUAGCAGAGCUCUUCACGGAGGGAAUUCCUCUGUUCGACCUGUCCCAGUUACUUGCCUACCGCAAAGGACACUUCCAGACUGAACAAGUACUGCUGAAAAUUGAGGACAGGAGUGUCCGGGAGCUGGUGGCCCAGAUGGUGCAGCGUGAGCCGGAGAAGCGUCUGUCUGCGGAGGAGUACCUGAAGCAGCAGAGGGGCAAGGCCUUCCCAGACAUCUUCUAUACCUUCCUCCAGCCCUACAUGGCCCAGUUUGCCAAGGAGACCUUUCAGUCGGCGGACGAGCGUGUCCUGGUGAUCCGCAAGGACUUGGAGAACAUCCUGCACAAUCUGUGCGGCGGUGGUGAGCAGCAGCAGGGCGGCGGGUUGGCCGUGUUGGUGUCGGUCAUCACCUCCUGCCUGCAGACGCUGCACUGCUGCGACUCCAAGCUGGCGGCGUUGGAGCUCAUCCUGCACCUGGCGGACCGGCUGAGCGUGGAGGUGCUGCUGGACCGCAUCACGCCCUACCUGCUGCACUUCUGCAGCGACGCGGUGCCCCGUGUGCGGGCCGAGGCUGUGCGGACCCUCACCAAGGUGCUGGCGCUGGUCAAGGAAGUGCCCCGCAACGACAUCAACAUCUACCCCGAGUACAUCCUGCCUGGGAUCGCCCACCUGGCGCAGGACGAGGCCACCAUAGUCAGACUGGCCUACGCAGAGAACAUAGCCCACCUGGCUGAGACUGCUCUCCGCUUUCUGGAGCUGGUCCAGGAGAACAACUUGAAUGUGGAGCACGACCUGAACGGGGAGGACGCAGAAGAAGCCCUCCACCCCAAUGAGAACUAUGACUCGGAGUUGCAAGCGCUACACGAGAUGGUGCAGCAGAAGGUGGUGACCCUACUUAGCGACCCCGAGAACAUCGUGAAGCAGACCCUGAUGGAGAGCGGCAUUACGCGUCUCUGCGUCUUUUUUGGCCGGCAGAAGGCCAACGACGUCCUCCUGUCCCACAUGAUCACCUUCCUCAAUGACAAGAAUGACUGGCACCUGCGGGGAGCCUUCUUCGACAGCAUCGUGGGCGUGGCGGCCUACGUGGGCUGGCAGAGUUCCUCCAUCCUGAAGCCGCUGCUCCAGCAGGGCCUGAGCGAUGCUGAGGAGUUCGUCAUCGCCAAGGCCCUCAACGCUCUCAGCUGCAUGUGCCAGCUGGGCCUGCUGCAGAAGCCACACAUCUACGAGUUUGUCAGCGACAUCGCUCCGUUUCUGUGCCAUCCUAACCUAUGGAUCCGCUAUGGCGCGGUGGGCUUUAUCACGGUGGUGGCACAGCACCUCAACAUUGCCGACGUGUACUGCAAACUCAUGCCCCACCUCACUCCCUUCAUCACACAGCCAAUCAUACAGAUUGAUAAGGAGAUCGUGCUUCUGAGUGUCCUGAAGGAGCCCUUGAGCCGCUCCAUCUUCGAUUACUCGCUACGCUCUAAGGACAUCGGCAGUCUUUUCCGGCACCUUCUCCUUCGGCAGAAGAAACGCAGUGGCUCCAUCCCUGAAUGUCCCAUUCCGGAUGACCCAGCCAUCGCUCAGCUGCUGAAGAAACUGCUGUCACAGGGAAUGACGGAGGCUGAGGAGGACAAACUUCUGGCCCUGAAGGAUUUCAUGCUGAAGUCCAACAAGGCCAAGGCUAACAUUGUGGACCAGAGCCACCUAGGAGAUGGAGUGCAGAGUGGGGUCAUUGACCUGGGCACCCUGGGCAUUACCGGCCGCUACGCGGACCUCGUCAAGCCCAAGAACGAAUCGGAGGACAAGAGAGCGAGAAAGCACACGAAACAGGACUCCAACAUGAACGAGGAGUGGAAGAGCAUGUUCGGCUCCUUGGAGCCGUCAAACAACAACCCGCCUCCACCACCGGUGACGGAGGGGGCCACAGUGCAGCCCAGGAAGGCGGCCCCCCCAACCGCGCCGGUGGUGCAGUCUGUGGGCGGGGCCUCCACUUACCAGCGCCGCCUCACCACUUGCAAGGCGGAGCUGCAGCAGCUGGUCCAGCAGAAGCGUGAACAGUGCAGUGCCGAGCGCAUGGCCAAACAGAUGAUGGAGAGCACCGAGUGGGAAAGCCGGCCUCCCCCGCCAGGUUGGCACCCCAAAGGGCUGCUGGUGGCGCACCUGCACGAGCACAAGUCCGCCGUCAACCGCAUCCGCGUCUCUGACGAGCACUCCAUCUUCGCCACCUGCUCCAAUGACGGAACCGUGAAGAUCUGGGACAGCCAGAAGAUGGAGGGCAAGACCACCACCACCAGUAUGGCCUCGUUGAAGCUGCUGCCCUUCCUCGCCAGAUCGGUGCUGACGUACUCGCGUGUAGGAGGACACGUGAAGACCUUGACCUUCUGCCAGGGCUCGCAUUACCUGGCCGUGGCCUCCGACAACGGGUCCAUCCAGCUUCUGGCCGUCGAGGCGAACAAGCCCCCCAAGUCGCCCAAGGUGCACCCCUUCCAGACCAGGUUCCUGGACCUGAAGGAGCAGGGCUGCGCGGUGGACAUCCACCACUUCAACGCGGGCGCGCAGUCCGUGCUGGCGUACGCCACCGUCAACGGCGCCCUGGUGGGCUGGGACCUGCGCAGCGGCAGCGAUGCCUGGACGCUGCGGCACGACCUGCGCCUGGGCCUCAUCACCUCCUUCACCGUGGACACGCACCAGUGCUGGCUCUGCGUGGGUACCAGUAACGGCACCAUGGCAUGCUGGGAUAUGCGGUUCCAACUGCCGAUCUCCAACCACUCGCACCCGGCUCGGGCACGAAUCAGGCGGCUGCUUAUGCACCCCCUCUACCAAUCAUCAAUCAUCGCAGCUGUCCAGGGCAACAAUGAAGUGUCCAUGUGGGACAUGGAGACCGGGGACAGGAAGUUCACGCUCUGGGCCAGCUCGGCACCCCCCCUGUCGGAAAUGCAGCCCUCACCCCACAGCGUCCAUGGGAUCUACUGCAGCCCCGCAGACGGGAACCCCCUGCUGCUCACUGCCGGCUCCGACAUGAGGAUCAGGUUCUGGGACCUGGUCUACCCAGAGAGGUCCUACAUCGUCGCCGGGGGAGCUCACGACUCCUUGCACUGUCCUUCAGUGUUCUACAGCCGCAAGAUCAUCGAAGGAACAGAAGUCGUUCAGGAGAUCCACAGCAAGCAGAAGAGCGGCUCCUCAGAGGAUGUCCCCCGCCGGGGCCCCGAGUCCCUACCCGUGGGCCACCACGACAUCAUCACCGACAUCGCCACCUUCCAGACCACUCAGGGCUUCAUCGUCACGGCCUCCAGGGACGGCAUCGUCAAAGUCUGGAAGUAACCCCACCCCGGGCCCCUAUAACACCCAGCAGCCUAGCACCUAGUGUAUAUAAAAUAUUUAAAGCUAAGUAUAAGAAGCAUGGUUUUAAAAAUGACUGCAGCACAAAAACAGUCUCACCCCUAACUCUCUGACCCCCUUGUGACCAAUACUGUGAGCUUAAAACGCAUGUUUGUAGACAUAGAUCUCCAGACUGAUGUGUUGAAUAAAUGUCCAAAACACG